AUGCGCAAGCGUGAGAGGGAGAGCAGUGGGGGCAGCACGAGCUCCUCUGAUUCGCUUUUCUCUUCUUCCGGCGGUUAUAGGAAGGGCACAGGCGGCAAAGAGAAACACGUAAGCCUAAAAAAGAAGGGUAGCGGCAGUAACAACAACGGCGGCAACGACGCCACACCGAAGCCGGCCGCCGCGACAUGGGAGCAACUUCUCGCGGAGCGCAAAGCUCUGCUGGAGACUCGGGAGAAGGAGUUGUCCUUGUUGGAGCAGCAGCGUGCCGGCACGGAUAGUAGCAGCGACGACGACGACAGCGAAUACGACAGCGGCGAGGGUGCCCGGGAUAAUGACAGGGGCAACGCGCAAGCGUUAAAGGACCAGCAUAAGUAUCACACUGAGAGGACGCUUCGUGUGGAUGAAAAUGUUGUUUUCACAGAUGAGGACGACAGUAAUGACCGGUUUGGAGGAACCGCGUCCACGUCAAGCGAGAGUGAAGUGGGCGCCAGCGACAAUGAUGGGGAUAUUGCUGAAUUCCGCGAGCGGCUGCUUGCUCACGUCCAGGUCACCAGUGCGGCAAGGCGUGUUGACAGUGCCGGCUCAACCGCCAGUGAUGCGGCACCCGCGCACGCCUUGCAGCACCUGAAGGAGGAGUUGAUGAAGCCUGUUAUGCCGACCGCGCUCACAGUUGUGAGUGCAACCGACGAGUCACAUGACCUUAUAACUGAGCUCGUCUCAGCCAAACUGCCUCCUCCUCCGCCAGAGGAUGCGAAGCGUCUGCGCAAGUUACAGUACGUGGACCACAGCAUGGUGCAAUAUCCGCAUCUUCGCAAGGAGUUUUACGUUGCCCCUCCAGAUGUCAAGAACCUCGGCGCGGAAGAGCUAAAAAGGCUUCUUAAGGAGUUGGAUGGGGCAAAGGUGCGUGGACGCGACCCACCGCGCCCAAUGCGUACGUGGAACGGCUCCGGCCUACCAGAUUCCGUCCUGGAGGUGCUUGCGCGGGAAGGGUUCGAGCAGCCGUUUGCCGUGCAGUCUCUCGGUUCUGCCGCCUUGAUGGGCGGUCGUGACUUGCUCAUCACGGCCAAAACAGGCUCUGGAAAGACACUCGCCUACCUCCUGCCGCUGAUUCGUCACUGUGUCGGGCAAGAGCCGUGUGGAAAGGGUGAGGGGCCGAUUGGUCUUAUUCUUGUACCCACACGUGAAUUGGCUGUGCAGAUUGUUCAACUGGCAGAAAAGCUAUGCGUGGCGGCCAAGUUGAGACUCGUGUCUGCAUACGGUUUAACAUCUCUUGCAGAGAACAUCAAACAAUGCCGAGUUGGGUGUGAAGUCAUGGUGUGCACCCCAGGUCGACUUUUGGAUCUUCUUACGGUUAAUGGGGGAGGUGCAAUUUCGUUGAGGCGCGUGUCGUUCGUCGUGAUCGAUGAGGCGGACCGCAUGUUUGAUAGUGGCUUCAUGGAACACGUGGAGGCCUUUUUAAAAAAUAUUCGUCCCGACCGACAGCUCGCGCUCAUUAGCGCAACCAUGCCUAAGGAACUGAGGAAAAUCGUCAUAAGUCACCUGCAAGAUCCAGUGGAGAUUACAGUGGGGGGUAAACCCUCUCCCGCCUCAAAUGUUGAGCAACGCUUCUUUUUCUUUGAUGAGGAGGUGUAUGAGGUGGAGGAGGCAAAUCGCACAGAGGAUAGAAAGUUUUUGAAACUGUUACAAAUUCUCGGCGAUGAGGGCGGCACUGGGGAACACCUCAUUGUCAUCUUUGCUCAACGGAAGGAAGAAUGUGAUGAGCUCUUUGCACGUCUCUCUGCAUCUGGCUACCAACGGCGUAUUGCUAUUCUUUAUAGUGGGAUGGACCCACUGGACCGUGAGUUUGCGCUGGAGCACUUUGCCCCCAACAAUCAGUUUAUUCUUAUUGCAACGGGGGUGGCGGAACGGGGCCUUGACAUUCCCUACCUGGAGCUUGUGAUUAACUACACCCUCCCAGACCACUACGAGGCGUACGUGCAUCGCAUCGGCCGCACCGGUCGUGCUGGGAAGAAGGGCAAGGCGGUAAGCUUUUUCAUGCGGGGGAAGGAUGACGACCUCUCCGUGGACCUCUGCGAGGGCCUUGAGCGUGCACAACAGCAGGUGCCCGAGGAGUUAUAUGAGCGCGCGGCAAAGUUACGAGAGAAGCGCAAGGAGGGCAUUGUGCGGCACAACACAGGUUUUUACCGGGGCUACAUGAAGGCAAAGAAGUUGCGCUUUACAGAUCGUGGUCAACAGGAGCAAUUCAAGGCGGCGGCGCGGGCAGCGGGACUUGAGGAGUACUUGUCUGCCAGCUCCUGCACGGACUCGGAUUUAUCUGACAGCGAUAAAGAUGAGGACAUAGAAAUUGUUGCGGUACAUGGAGAUGGUACGCGAAAUGGCGGCGGUGGCAGCGAGGAGGCAUCCAAAGCCCUCACGCUGCACAGGAACACUGGUGCGUUGACUCUUUCCUCGCAGCAGCAAAAAGAACAGCAAGAACGCCUUGCCUCCGCACUCGCGUACGCGCAGAAGACAACAGACUCUGUGAUCGACCCCUCCACUACAGGUGCUCGUUUCGAGGCUGAGUACCCUAUCAACGACCUUCCCGAGCGUGUUCGGCUGCGGAUGCAGAGCGCGGCUUUACUGCGUUCCGUGCAGGAGGACACCGGAACGACGAUUGUCCGCAAAGGUGUGUUUUUCGAUCGAAAGUACAAACAUUCCCACCGCCUGCGCGAAGGUGUGCGGCCGCUUUACCUGCUGCUUAUUGGAAAGACGGUGGAGUCUGUGCGUGACGCGGUGAAGAGGUUGAACGACAUCCAGGCUGAGGCGCAGAGCCGCAUCCAGCAGAAGGCGUCCUCCCUCGGGGCUCAGUUGUAG